AUGAGCAGCGGUUUGAUCGAUGAGGCAGUGGAAUCUCCGGCAUCUUACCUUGUGAGGCUAUAUCACUGCUGUUCUCGAUUUCUUACAGCACUUGUCAUCGUGACUUUGACGACAUGGGCUGCGUUUUGUCUUGGUGAAAGCGCGUGCAUCGGUGAGCCUAAAAGGCCAAGAGACUCCCUAACCCAUUAUGCCACCAUGGUCCUUGUGCCUACAGGCGCAGCAGGUCUUGGAGCACUUUGCUUGUGGUGGAAUGCCUCAACGCCACAUAUCCUAAAGGCCACUCACUUCCUGGUGGUGAACUGGGUUGGAGGUUUGGCUUCCCUGGGCCUCCUCAACUCUAAUUCCUCCAAUUGCAACGUUUCGACCAAUAUGUGGGUGGUUCUGAGAAUUCUGAUGCAAGUUACUGAAUUUGUCCUUUUACAAGGGCUAAUCCAGCAUCGUUUUCAGAGUUUCUGGCCGGUGCUGAAUCAGCCACGGCUUGCCAAUUGCUUGCCACGAAUGUUUAAGACGGAAGUCUUUUUGCUUGUGGCCGGGUCUGUUCUUGCUUUUGUUUUCGUGUUCGUCCACCUGUCUGUUGUUCCGACGUGGGGGUAUGUGGCGACAUGGGGGUUGCUGACAUUAGUCCUCCUUUGCUUUUUCACCUGGGUGGUGUUAGUUGUUCUCACUUUGUGCUCUGUGGUUCGGAAGCUCCAUGCGGCUGAACGCCUGGGUGCUGAAGAAGGGAGUCUGGAAUGGUGCAAGGCUUGUCGAAGAGUCCGCCGAGCAGCCUUGCUGCAAGGCUUUGGGAUGACAAUCACAUUGAUGACCACGACCAUUUUCUGUGGCAUGGCUAUUUUGGCAUCAGAGGACCUAAUGGAAGAUCUUGAUGCAGAGGCUCAGGCGGCUAGGCUGAAUGCUGCUGUAAUUGCCCAAAUUGUGAACCUGCUUGUCAACGUCCUUGGCGUUUUCUUGUUUUCCGGAGCCUACCGGAUGACGUGGCAGAGCUCAAAAUUGCUCGCAUCUCCAGAAUCUUCCCCCUGCAAAUGGCAACCUAAAAGCCCACAAGAUGACCGGUGGGAAGCCAAGACCAAAGAGCUUGCUAGCCGUGGACUGCGUCUCCGGGAUUUGUUGGCCUUUUACAAAAGGUUGGGGCAGGAUUUGAUGCUUUCGUACGAGCCUGGCGUUCACACUACCCAAGAUGUUGUGAGACUGGCCAUCAUUCCUGAGACUUCAUCGUGUCGCAGCUCCUAUGCCCAACUUGUGAAUCCUGGAGCCCAAGGUUUAACGCCUCGAGCCGGAGAGUUGGUUUGA